CUGUCAGUAAGUUUACCAACCACGUACGUAGUAGACGUACAGGGGUUCCGUAACCUGACGAACACACGUGCAUUCGGCUACUAAUUAAAAAAAAAAUUGUUUUGUUUUUUUUUAUAUACUCUGGAGCUUAAUUGUUGUGAACAGUGAGCGGUAUAAAAAAGCGCUGUUAAAAAAAUUCGGGCAUUAGUGAAAAUUAAAAAUGGUGACAAACGCACAAUGGUUGUUAGUGUUUGGAAUUACUGCAAUACAAUUUUCUGUACUGAAAACACAAGAAGAGAAUGAAGUAAAGGAAGAGAGGAAGAAGGCUCAAUUUAUAAGAGACUUAUUCAAAACAGGGUCAUGUAUUCCACCACCGUUCACAUGUCCUCACCCAAAUAUGCUCUAUUACUUAUAUACCAGAACGACCCAAGAGAAAGGCGAGUUGCUCAACACGCUCGAUAACGACUCGCUCACAAAUUCGAAAUUCAACACGAAGCAUCCGACAAAAAUAGUUGUCCACGGCUUCGGUGGUGGAAGAAAUCUGUCCCCCAGCACGGAUAUGAGACAGGCGUAUUUCAAAAGGGGCAAUUAUAACAUAAUAAUCGUUGAUUAUGGCCCACUCGUCAAAGAACCUUGUCUCGGUCAGAUAGAGUGGGCCCCGCGUUUCGCGAGCAUGUGCAUAACGCAACUGGUGGAGUACCUCCAGUACCACCCGGUGAAGUCGGUGCGUCCCGAGAAGAUUCACACCAUAGGUUACAGUGUUGGGGCGCAUAUCCUUGGACUGGUUGCCAACCAUCUAACCGAAGGAAAGCUUGGCCGUAUAACUGGUCUAGAUCCGACUAUUUUCUUCUACAUGGGAAACAACAGAUCUCGCGAUUUGGACUACACGGACGCCUUGUUCGUGGACAUCGUGCACACCGGGGCCGGUAUCCUGGGCCAGUGGGGUCCGAACGGUCACGCCGACUUCUACGUCAACGGCGGCUCCAGUCAGCCUGGAUGCGCCCACGAUACGAUCUUUCAGACUCUAUCUUGCGACCAUACAAAAGUGACUCCAUACUUUAUCGAGUCCAUCAACAGUCGGGUCGGUUUCUGGGCAGGCCCUUGUCCGAAUCUCUUCUCCUACCUCAUAGGCUGGUGCGAGCCCCAGGAUACGGAGUACGUGCUCAUGGGUGAACAUGUCACACAUAAAGCACGAGGGGUGUAUUAUGUCACCACUAACGCGAAUCCACCCUACGCCAGAGGUUUUCCUGGGAAAGCGAGGCGGUUGAGAUCCGUGUCACCGUACAGUUGAUGGUAGAGAAAACUUGGACAUUUCAUUUUACUCAACAUUUUCCGUGUCUUCGUUGUAUUGCCAAUAUUAGUUUUAGUUCCUACCUCGCGUGGAUACCUAAUAAAAUGAUAGGAUAAAAAUGAUAUAAAGGUUUAAAGUUAAAAGUUCGAAGAAUCACCUGUCACUCGAUCUGCAUUAACUCGCCUCGUACGAUUUUCACUUGUAAAUUUCUGUAUAUCUACAUACUCUUACUAGUAUCAACUUUGUAAUGUCACCGGAUCGUCUCGUGCAAAAGCUGUCGAACAACAAGAUUGGGUGCCGGGUAGCUCUUAUUACCAUUACAUUCACAGAACAGAAAACGCGAAAGUAGACAUUCCGUGAUUACAAUCUUAAUAACUCACAUAUCACUCACUCACGUAUACUGUAUGAUUUGAUAGUAUAUAAUUGAUAUUGUUUAUGUAUGAUAAAAUAGCUAAUAUUAUAAUAUUGUAUCUAUUCGGCUUAAUAUUAAAAGUAUUUAAAUUAAAUUAGGGAAAUACUUGGGUAAUUUAAAAUAGAGAAAGGUAAUUUAGAAUAUAAUAAUAGGCUAGAUUGUGUAAAUAAUUAAUUAUAAAAUGGUCGGGUAGAUUAUGAUAAAGUAUAUUAUGACUUUAAAUAGUAAAUGCUAUGCAUGUUUACUUAUUAAUUUAUUAAAAAAAAAUUAAACGUUGACAUUUUUAUAAUUUAUUAAACUUAGAUACUGCCUACCUAUGCGAAAAAGUAAAGGACACUGCCAAUAAUUUAAUAGGGAUGAUGUAUGAUGAUUUAAAAUUGUAUAUAAAUUAAGAGUAUGCUGGUUGCUGAUAGUAAAGUAAUUUUGUAGAGGUAACAGGGUGACUGCGAUCAUUACUUUCGGAGGUAUAGGUAUUUAAAAGAUAAAUUUUGCGGCGCUGCCAUGGAUCACUAAAAAACGUGCCAAAUUGCACGAAAGAAUGACGUCGUCGCUGAGAGAAAUCGUUAAAUUUGUAUGCGCGAUCAAACAAAAUUACAAAUAUCUUUGUUAUUGGUGCGUUUAUGAUUAUACUUCAAAUAAUACAAAAUGUCACAUUAAUUGUAAGGAAGCUAAAAAUGUAUGAAUUUUCAUCUUAUUUAUUUUGUACACAUUCAGACAAACUUAGUAUUUUAUGUAGACAUUAAUUAGUUAAUAUUGAUCUUAUAUUGGUAAUAUAUUAAUAAUUACCCGAAUGUCUCAUAAAAACCAAUAUAUUCAACCCUUGUCAUCAUCCCCAUAUAUAUAUAUAAUGCCUACCUAGCCAAUAAUAUAUAAGUUUGAUAAAUAUUCAUGUUACCAUUGCAUAAGUUUCACAAUAGUGUUUUGCUCAUAUUGCACAAGUGAUAAUUAAUAAUUAUAAGGUAUAAACUAUAAUUAUGCUAGAGCGUAUAAUUAGUUGUAUGUACCUAUAUUACGAGUAUGAGGUUAUAAGUAGUUAAAAUACUUACCAAACCGCAAUUCUAGUUGUAAGAAUAAAAAAUACUGUUACUUUUUAGCAUUGAUUUUCGUCUACUUGGUACGAGUACGAUUAUUUACUAAAUUAAUGUGUAUCUAAUAUUAUUUUGAAAAUACUAAUUUAUUUUAUGGUGUGAUAUAUUUAUUUAUUCAUAAAUAAAUAGGUUCUUUUAAUUAUAUAA